CCACCGGCUCUCGGCUGACAGCCUGAUAGGGCUCUCAGCAAUGGAUUGGCGGGGUCUGGGACAGGGCGCAUGCGCACUGUGUAGUAAGCGGCCCUGCCGGUUAUCUCGCGUUGUCCCACCCCCUUCGCUGCCCCGAGCCAUGGCGGACGAAGAGCUGGAGGCGCUUCGCAAGCAGCGGCUGACUGAGCUGCAGGCUAAGCAUGGGGACCCUUCUGGUGAUCCAGCACAACAAGAAGCCAAACAGAGGGAGUCAGAGAUGAGAAAUAGCAUUUUAGCUCAAGUUCUGGAUCAAGCAGCUCGUGCCAGAUUAAGCAAUUUAGCACUUGUGAAGCCAGAAAAGGCAAAAGCUGUAGAGAAUUAUCUUAUACAGAUGGCAAGAUUUGGACAGCUAGGUGGGAAGGUAUCAGAACAAGGAUUGAUAGAAAUACUUGAAAAAGUGAGCCAGCAAACAGAAAAGAAAACAACAGUAAAGUUCAACAGAAGAAAAGUACUGGAUUCUGAUGAAGAGGAUGAUGAUUAAAUGCUACUGUAAGAUUGCUUAACUGCCUGGAAAAAGGCAAAGAAAACAUACGGUAUAGGCAAAUUGAAAGUUCUGACAAAACAUUUAAAUGUAUUUGCUUUCUGCAUUUUUUUUGAUAAAGGUCAAUAAAUAAAUGAACUUGUGUUCUGUAAAACAAAAUUUGAGAAGGGUUUUAUAGCUUAACUUUUUGUAGUAUUAAAGAGGCCUGUGUGGUAUGGAUUUUCCCACCAUGUUCUUAGCAUGAACUUUUCUUUGUCCUACUCAGCAUGUAAGCUAUGCUAUCAGCACCUGCCGCUCCGUAAGUUGUUACUAUCAUAAGAGAGGUCUUGGGAGGGCAGUAAAAGUGUCUUGGGUUCAAACAGCCAGAGCCUGUGGGAGCUGAAAGAAUGACAACUCUGUCACAACAGUUGAUGUAGAAACAAGAUAUCCUUUAAUUGAGGGGGUUAUCCAAUACCUCACUGGUUCUCAAACUAUGGCUGAUGGAAUCUUUUGUUGGAGUCUGCAGAAUAGAACUGCUGAUGAGAAGAGAGGUGGUUCUUUGAGCGGACAUCUUACCAUGUAGUCUGCUGGAUGAAAUUGUACAUAGCAUAUAGUUUGUUUGAACCAGUUUCUUCUGGAAACUGUCAAGUUGUCUCUCACUAGUGAGUUGUCCAUCUCUGCAGAAUGAGGUUAAAAAGUUGAGUAGAGUGGAUAUUCAGCUGUGGUUGAAACUUAAUUGGAUAAUUAAUGUAAUACAACUUUAUUCAGAUAGUUGGUAACACACGUUCUUUAUUCUCCUAUUUAUUAAAUGGUUGGUGUUUCCUUUUGUCAAACAAGGAAAGGCACCUGCUCUAAAUUCCAUGUGACUUGCAUGCAUAAAGUAAAACUGACCCUGUGUUGUCAUCUUAUUUGAAAAUACAGUUUGAAAAUUUGUGGUACAAAUACUGUUACAUCUUGCGUGAUAAGAUGGAAGUGAAAAGGGGAGAGACUUCACUACCAGAGAAGAGCUGUUUUCUGCUUUCAUUUAAGAGCAGCAGUGUACACUAUUCCAACUGUAACGGUUUGGAAUUGAUUAAAAUUUUGUUUAAAAAAGUAGGAGCAGUAGUGACUUUUUUUCCAUCUGUGUGAAUAUCAUAAAAACUUUGAUUACUACAGCUAGUGUUUAUCAAUUUUGUAUUUUUAACUUGCAGUCUACAUUAUCAACUUCCUUAUUUAAAAUGGCAUUCAAUUGUAGGCUAUAAUGAUUAGCUUCUACAAAGGUGAUACCUCUGUGCAACUCUUCAUAUUAUUAAAAGCCCAACCAUUUAAUUUUAGUGCAGUGAGAAGUUAACAGAAAAGCCUAUUUGUUUAAAAAAAUUAUUUGACUCCUUUCAGAGAGCAAACUGGCUUUUGCAGUAAUAAUGUCUACUUUUUCAUUGUAAAUAAGUCAUAUGAAAACCCAGUACAAUUUGAAUCUCGUGAUAUCAGGGCUUUAGUCUGCAGUUGAAGGGUAUACUGGUAAACUGUCAAAUGCUUUUUAAGUCUGCUCCCCAUCUUUCUCAACAUUAACCAUCUCAUUAUUACUAAAGGAGGAUCUUCCAUUAGAUGGGUUUAAGAUGCUACUGAAUUUACUUAAAUUUAGUUUAGGCCAUUUUCUUACAUAUCAGAAGAGUGAAACUGCUUAGUGUGGUGAGAUGUUGUUAGAUGUUUGGCUGAAUGUGUGUUUUCUGUGUGCUGUCCCAGCUCUGCACAGAUAGUUGGUACAGCAGACCUCGAUUGCACUGCCCAAUAACCACAGAUCCAUGUGUAGCAAAAGAACUCUGUCAGGUUUAUUGUCACUGAAGCAUGGUCCUAGUGUACAGGUACACUAAUACAGGUAUACCGUUGCAAUGGGCUAGCUCAAUUAAUGGCAGGACUUUCCAUUAUCCCCUAGGCCAGCCAAAGACACUCCUUCAGACUUCAUUUUAUACAUCAAUACAAACAAGUUAUAUAUUGCCCCUCUGAUGUGAUUUGUUAGUGUUCCAUGACAUGGGUUGUUACCAUCCAUUACAUGGAUGAUUUUAUCAAAACAUCUCUAUCCAUCAUAUUGUCAUCCUGACCUUAACUUUACGAGGGGUCAGUGUGCUCUCAUCUUUUCAAGGAGGUGUUUGUACCAUACUUGGUAUGGGGUAUUCUGGUACCAUCCUUCUGGAGUGUGUUGUGUGUGUUCUUGUGCCUGGCACUGCUUAGGAAUAUGUGUUUCUGCAAUAUCAGUCCUGUUCUUGCCAGAUUCUGUGAGCAGGCCCUGCCUUUUGCUCACAACUUAAGUUUGCUUCAUAGCAGCAAAGCUUUGAGUCAUUUUGGGACUGAAGCAGUCAUGUUUCUCAUAGUGCUUAUAAAUGGAGUGGGAUAUAUCUGUUUCACUAGAUGUUUGACACUUAUCAGUAGUUAUAGUGCAGACCUGUCCAUUUCAGCUGAAAAAAAUAGGUAGGUUUUAUUUAAAAAAAAAGUGCCUUAAAUGUCUUGGAAAUUGCUUCCUUGAAGGACUGCCCCUUCUCUGUGCCAUGUAUAAUCAUAGUAACAGCAAAGAAGGAACUGCUCAGGUGAGGGGCUUCUCCCUGAAGUAGAACAGUCUGACUUUAGAAUUCACACAUGCUGUUUCAGAGCAAGAAGAACUUGACCACAUGCAGACUAUACUGCAAAUCCAUUGUUUUGAAGAGGUAUUUGGGGGAGAGCUGUGAUGGGGGGAGUCUUGGUUUGCUCAGUGUGAUUUGCUGUAUGUAUUGCACUAUAAAGGAUGAAUGGAUGACCUAGAA